AUGGCGCCACUGGCCACUCGACAGAGCCACUCCCUGGUUCCUGGUAUCCCGCGUCCCCCCAAACGACCUCCAAACACAGCAAUCAAAGUCCAUAAGGAAAUUGACCCCAUGGUAUUCUUUGAGCUAUUCAUCGGAACCGUUGGAAUAUUCAUACUUGCAGUCCUGUUUUGGAAGAUUGGGGGGUUCAUCAGACGAUUCAAUCGAAGCAAGGUGCUGAGAGAAGGCAAAAAUACGAACACCCGAUACGCACGAACAUGGUAUGGCUGGGUCACACGGCCGACACACGAGAGAAAUAAAAGGGUGAUUCAUGACUUUUUCGUUGGAAUUUGGAAGUCAGUGGCGUGGAAGUCGACCCGAGACGACUAUAGUUGGAUUUGGUGGGAUCCUGGCGAUGUGGAAAGGCAAAAGCAUCGCCGAGAACCGAAAGGAUUUCCUUGGCUACCAGAUUGGCUCAAGAGCUAUGAUGAUUUCCCCACCGCGGCUGAUAUCUGGGAUCCUUGUUCGCGACCCAAGUGUCAUGGUGCGUUGCAGGACGGUGUUUCAAUGCCCCAACCCGUUCCAGCGCCGGGCUCUGUGCAGAGGCCGCAAGCGCAAGAGGAUAUAUCGGGAUCAAUCCCGCCACGGCAACCCAAAUUGAUCAAUAACCAACCAGUUAUCACUCGUUCGAUUCUAGAGGAACUGCUCAGGGACCCGCUGCAGCCACAUGAUGGCAGUUCUGAUCACCAACCCUGGUUCAAUUCUUGCAAGAAGGCAGCAAGGUCAGCUACACGCACACCGCUGCCGUUCCGCCUGGUCCAAUCAUUACCAUAUAGACAGAAUCAAUCCCACCGGGUCCGAGGAUCGAUUCCAUGGCCGCGUGGUGAGCGAUCGCAAGAUAUCUCAUGUCAAAUCCCAUCUGUCGCGCAACAUGAGGGUUUGCUAGCGGAGCCAAGUAGCUCAAUGCACAAAAGGCAACCUGGACCACUUGAGCGACAUGGUGGUCAUCGCAGAUACCGUGGAUGGUCAGCACGAAUGCAGAUGGGGCCAAAAGAGGCAGUCUUUGACAACAUAGGGGAUUCAUCCGGCCCUCCCGGGACGCCAAGGACCGAAUUGUUGGUCAGCUAUGUCUCAGACUCGGGGUCUUCUCUUUGUGGGCACCCCAAACGGCAGCGAAAUAGCACCAAAGGGCGGUUGCGUAUCUCGGAAGAUACAACAUCGUUUACUUCCAGACUCUUCAUUGCAAAUCAAGUUCUGCUCUCAAAUGAACGGCGAAAAUAUACCAAACCCAUCCAAUGGAAUUCUGCCCCAGCAAUGUUCCGAGGGAAGGGGACCAAUUCAAAAGCGAGACCCGCUUUGUCUGAUGAAUGGCGAUGCAUGUAUGACCCCAAACAUCCUGCCCUCUCCCGUCGUCAAGGUAAACGCCCGGUAAUAGACAUCACUCGAUGUUCUGCAGAUCAAAUCCAGCUCAAAACAGGAGGCGCUGUCGAUGAGUUGAGUGAUUGGGAGGUCAGAAUGAUGGAGAUGCUAGAUCGAAAACUGCUAUGGCUCUUCAAUGAAUUCACUCCUGGGCAAAAACCAUACCAUUUUGCCUUGCUGGCCAACCAUUGGCUGAAUAGAGAAACAUGGAUUGUUUUCGAUCCUGUCUCCAGAGUUCCUACUGAUGCACGUCGGGUGUGGGGAGACCCACGAUUCAACGUUCCUUAUCCAGAGCCGGUUUUCAGCCCGAGACCAAAGUACCCUGCAUCCAACCCAAAACGCGCGCAGACUCCUCGUAUCGACUCUUGGCGGGCCGCAGUGAAUAAGCAGCGGAAGGUAUCCGGUAUACGAGACGCCAUUCGCACUGUUACACUGUAUGAUGAAUCGGUCGAGGAACCGCCAGAUGGUCAUAUCGAUCCAGGCUGCUGGGUCUUGCCGAAACCGCCUCAAGGCUUUGAAAUGUCCACUGCGCAGAAGAACGCCUGGUAUGAAGGAGGGGCAGGCUGGCAAGAGAAGCUUGAUGAUUGGCAGCAAGUCCACCGGGGAUAUCGUCUCCACAAAGCCAUCCACGAAGGCCGAGUUAAUCGGCGCAAGGUCAAGGAAGUUGCAGCUCAAGUCAACAAGUGCUGUCGUACUGCGUCCGGAAAGUUGAUCCCAGGCUAUGGUCUCGGGAAAAGAACAGCUUCAAACAUUUCAAACAUCGUUGUCUCAUGA